AUGGCGGAGGGCGGCGGCGGGCCGGCGCGCAGGAAGGCGCUAUCGCUGCUGGAGGCGGCCCGAUCCCGCUACGAGAGCCUGCAGAUCUCCGACGACGUCUUCGGGGAGUCGGGCCAGGACAGCAGCGGGAACCCCUUCUACAGCACCUCGGCCGACUCCCGCUCCGCCGCCUCUUCCCAGGACGAGGACGACGACGAGGAAGACCAGGGCGCCGUCCCGGGCGGCCCCGGCCCUAUGGAGGAGGAGGAGGAGGAGGAAGCCGAGAGGGGGGGAUGGACGCGGUCGCUGCGAGACGUCCCACCCCCUCAUUUCAAGGAUGGCAGCGGUCCAACACGAAAAAUGCCCUUGACGGCCAGUGCCAUGGACUUUUUUCAGCUCUUUGUCCCUGACAAUGUAUUAAAGAAUAUGGUGGUCCAAACCAACAUGUAUGCAAAGAAAUACCAGGAGAGGUUUGGUAGUGACGAUGCCUGGAUUGACGUCACCUUGACAGAAAUGAAGGCCUUCUUAGGCUACAUGAUAUCAACCAGCAUCCACCACUGUGAGUCUGUUCUCAGCAUCUGGAGCAGCGGCUUCUACAGCAACAAGAGCAUUGCACUUAUCAUGACACAAUCAAGGUUUGAGAAGAUUCUGAAGUACUUCCACAUUGUGGCCUUCCGCUCGAGCCAGACAACGCAUAGCCUCUACAAAAUCCAGCCUUUUCUGGACUCUCUGCAGAAUGGCUUUGACUCUGCUUUCAAGCCUUCACAAGCCCAGGUACUACAUGAGCCCCUGAUAGAUGAGGAUCCUGUUUUCAUUGCAACCUGUACAGAGAGGGAGCUGCGCAAGAGGAAAAAGAGGAAAUUCAGUCUUUGGGUUCGGCAGUGCUCAUCCACUGGUUUCAUCUGCCAGAUUUAUGUCCAUCUCAAAGAAGGGAGUGGUGCUGAUGGGUUGGAUGCUUUGAAGAAUAAACCACAGCUUCACAGCAUGGUGGCCAAAAGCCUUUGUCAGAACGCCUCUGGGAAGAACUACAUCAUCUUCACAGGCCCAAGCAUUACCAGCCUGAAUCUCUUUGAAGAAUUUGAGAAGCAAGGUAUUUACUGCUGUGGGUUGCUGAGCACCAGGAAGAGUGACUGCACAGGCCUACCUCCAUCCAUGCUGAACAAUUCUGCAACUCCACAGUCCAGAGGACAGUACAGAAUAAGAAUGAAGGGAAACAUGUCAUUGAUUUGCUGGUACAAUAAAGGGUACUUCCGUUUUCUGACCAACGCCUAUUCUCCAGUUCAACAAGGAGUUAUAAUUAAGAGAAAAAGCGGAGAAAUUCCAUGCCCACUGGCAGUUGAAGCCUUUGCUGCUCACCUUAGCUAUAUCUGCAAAUAUGAUGAUAAAUACAGCAAGUAUUUCAUUUCUCACAAACCAAACAAGACCUGGCAACAAGUGUUCUGGUUUGCCAUCAGCAUUGCUAUAAAUAAUGCCUACAUCCUCUACAAAAUGUCAGAGGCCUACCAUGUGACAAGGUACAGCCGUGCACAGUUUGGUGAAAGACUUGUAAAGGAGCUUCUGGGCUUGGAGGACACCUCACCCACCCAUUGAUGCUUUGCGUUGGUGGCAUAGGCAGGGGCUGGAGGGAAAGCAGAAGAUACCACACCUGGAGCAGCAAAGCAAGGAACUUGUGACACCACCAGUGCUGUCAUCCAAAAACGCCGAGUGAUGCCACUAGAGAGGUGCAAACUUUGUUCCUAGUAUCAGCUGGAUGUAAACAUCUCAUGCAGAAAGUGCCACUGGAAAAGCUGACACAAAAUUCCGUAUGUGAAUGCCCUGUGGGAAUCUGUACACCGAAAACAGACUUAAAAUUAGCCGUCAUCUCAAUGCUAUUUGUUGAACAGGGUCAUCUUGUAAAGUUCCUCCUGGGCCAAGAGCUUGUCAGAAGCUGGCACAGCUCAGCAGUCCUAGAUGGGCCUUACAGGAAACUCUGCACCUUCCUGGGAGUUGCUAAAUUCCGGGACAAGCCCGCGAGGCUGCCCCGUGGGCUGUGGCUGAGCGCGGCUGCCGUCCCGCGAGGCGUCGCUGCUGCUGUCCUCCGCUGGGACACUGCAGCAGGCAUCUGCACAAACACCACCUUCACAGGCAGGCAGCCAGGAACUGAGGACCAGUCAUGAUUUCUUCUUUCUUUGUUUCUUUUUUCCCCCUUCGUUUUUAUUAAUGUAACAUAAGACAAUUUGAUCCCAGUUAGAACACAGGAAAAGUAGGAGAAACCAAGUACAUUAGUGAAUUUAAAAUUACAAAUACAUUACAGUGAUUUUCU